AUGCCGCCAGGUCCCUCACCUCCGAAGUGGCUCACUUCUGAAUUGUGUGCGUAUACCACCCACAAGUCCACAACACCCUCCCCCUUCACCUGGCUGCUUAGCCUUGCACGACUCCGGCACCGGUCACCGGUGUCCUGGCCCCUGGGAUCAUGGAAAGACGGCUGA